GUAAAAUUCUCAAAUACACAGUGAGAAGAGGAAAAAAGGUAGAGUGACUGAGAGAACGAAAGAAAGAUCAGCAGAAGAAGAACAGUUCAGAGGGAGAUUUUUACAGAGAAGAAUAGUAGGGGAUCGAUUUAUGUCGUCUAGUUCUUCAAUUGAUCUGUUGUUGAUUUCAUCUCUGGUCAUAAUCUCCUUCCUCUGUUGCUGUAUUUGCAUGCAAUUCUGCUCUCUUCAACCAACGAAAAUAGAGUUUCAAACAGCUUCGAUGCGUUUGAGAUCAAUACGGACUGGUUCUGGCGUACAAUAUUUUGGGGUUUAUCACUUAAAACGAUUUAUACUCAAGAAACAAUUUAGGAUUUUCACCUGAUACUACUAGUAAAAAAGGUUUUUGUUCACUUGAUUUUGAUUGUCUAAUUGAGGAUUUUAUUUUGAAGAUUUUUGUGAUUUUGUAAGAUAAAUGGCUGCACCCCUUAGGAAGAUUUUGAGGUUGGAGAAGAAUUCCUGUACUAGAAGGGGGAAGAAAAAGAAUGUAACUUUUGCGGAAUCUGUUACCGCGAAACCACCACCGAUGAGAACAAUUAGGAUUAUCUGCCGGGAUCCUGAUGCUACUGAUUCUUCUUCAGACGAAGAAGAAGUAAUUGAGAAGAUGAAGAAGGGAAUUAGGAAAUUUAUUCAGGAAUUUAGAGUCCCAUUUCCUAAACCAGCUCCAGCUCCAGCUCCAGCUCUUCAAGCAGCUGAUGAGGAGGAUAAUGGUGGUGCUGUCCCAUCAUCAUCAACAGCCCUUAAGAGAAGCAUACUGAAGAGAAGAGUCUUCAAAAAGGAGAAUUCUUCUACUGCUGACAGUGCUACUACAACGACUGGUCCUAAAAAAUUCAAAGGAGUUCGACAGAGGAAAUGGGGUAAAUGGGCUGCAGAGAUUAGAGACCCUAUUCAAGGGGUCCGAAAAUGGCUGGGUACAUUCGAUACAAUUGAAGAUGCUAAGGAUGCUUAUGACAAAGCUGCAAGGGAAUUUGAAUUGCAAUUAGAAGGUAUUGUCCUCCCAGAGAAGAAGAAACAUAUCAAUAGUGAAAGAGUGCUAAGGCAGUGUUGCAGUCAUCAAAAGCCUCCGGAAUCAGUUGAUCUCCAGCUAUCGCCAUCAUCUGUUCUUGAUGUUACUUCUUCAGCUGCAGCAGGUAGUAAUUCAGUCAUAGCCACCGAAGAAGAAACAAAUUUUAUUCGGAAAGAAUAUUAUAAGCAGGAACUUGGUUUUCAGAUGAAUGAAGAAUCACCCAUGCCUUGGUACUCCUGUGGCGCGGAUGGUCUUUUGUAUGAAGAUGGGUUUGAAGCAUUGAAUGAUGUUCCAUUUGAACCUUUUGACUCCUGGAAUGAUUUCGGAGGAUUGGAAAAUGGCGGGUUUCCUGAAUUGGGUUUUGAUUGUUUCAAUGAUGGGGAGCUUUUCAUUUAAAACAAUAACAACUAGGACUUGAUAGGAUACUCUCUAGGGGAUUUUUCUGUGCUGUUAGAGCUGUCCCGAGUUCGUUUUUCUUAUUUGUUACGCUGUCAAGUUUAAAUUUGGUGUGUUUAGUUAAAUUUUCCUAAAUCAGUACCUGCACACCAAAAACUGGAAUUGAUUUCUUGUUAUUCA